UCUUUUGAUAUUGAACCUAGUGGAAGGCACCUCGGUACAGGUGGACAGGAUGGUAUAGUUCAGAUAUACGACCUUCAGUCAGGAGAGUGGGUGUCUGGGUUUCAAGCUGCAUCUGACACUGUUAACUGUUUCUCUUUCCAUCCAUCCGUGCCAUUGGCUGCAUCAUCUUCCGGAAAUCGUAGAUUUAUCAUGCCUGGUAAUGUUGAGGAUAGCUAUAGCUUAAGAGGUAUCCUUACCCCCAAUAUAUUCGUUAUCCAUGCAUGUUUUUAUUUCUUAUUCAUCUUACUGCUUUUCCUUACUUAUACCUGAUAUUAAUAGGAAGUGCUUUUUUUGGUACUCUUAAUUGUGUAUUGAC